GGCAGAUCUAAGAAGAUCGACCUCAUCAUUCUCUGCGAAAAGUAAUCUUCCUGUCCCUCGAAUUCUGAUUCUCGGACAGUUCUGUUCUGCGACGCGUUAGACCGAGAAACCUUUGAAUAUCAUAAGCGCCGAGCCACUAUGGCGGACACUGUCGAACCCAAGCAACGCAAGUCCGUCGCAUUCAGUGAAGGAGACGUCAUCAUGGAUACCAACGGCGAAGUCACAGAGACCCCUCAGGUCGAGAAGCCCGUUGAGGCUGCUGAGGACAAGUCCGUCGACGAAGUUACCGAGCUCUUCAAGGGCCUGUCGAAGAAGAAGAAGACCAAGAAGCCCAAGGACACGGAAGCCGGCGAAGGCGAUGAGGCCUCCCCCGCCGGUGAUGGCGAGUUCGACGUCUCCGCCCUGAAGAAGAAGAAGAAGCCCAAGACCAAGAAGGUCGACACCGACGACUUCGAGGCCAAGCUGGCCGAGGCCGGUGUCACCGCCGCUGCCGGCGCCGGCGAGGAGAAGGAGGAAGAAGUCCCCGAGGGCGACCACGAGGCCGGUACGGGCAUCUGGGCCCACGACGCCACGCAAGCCAUCCCCUAUGCGCUCCUCGUCUCCCGAUUCUUCUCCCUCAUCCAGAGCCACCACCCCGACCUGCUGUCCAGCGGCACCAAGUCCUACAAGAUCCCCCCGCCCCAGUGUCUCCGUGAAGGUAACCGUCGUACCAUUUUCGCCAACAUUGCCGAUAUCUGCAAGCGCAUGAAGCGGUCCGACGACCACGUCAUGCAGUUCCUGUUCGCCGAAUUGGGUACCAGCGGUAGUGUUGACGGUUCCCGUCGUCUGGUCAUCAAGGGUCGUUUCCAACAGAAGCAGAUCGAGAACGUCCUGAGAAGAUAUAUUGUCGAAUACGUCACCUGCAAGACCUGCCGCAGUCCCGACACCGAGCUCAACAAGGGUGAGAACCGUCUAUACUUCGUCACCUGUAACUCUUGCGGUUCCCGUCGUUCCGUCGCCGCCAUCAAGACCGGUUUCCGUGGACAGGUCGGCCGCAGAAAGAGACAGGGUUAAGCGAUUCAAAAGCAGGGAAUUUAAUUUAUUUUUCCCCCACCCCAAAGAGGUGCGGAGGGGACAACAAAAGGAAAAGGGGCGGAGAAACGAGCAAGAAAGAGGGUUUUGUGCAUUUCUCUUCUAUGGAAUUUAUGGGUUUUUGUGUGGCAUGGUCCCCUUCUUUACUUUUUUUCCCCCCAGCUUUUACUUUUCUUGCUUGCCUCUCUUUACUUCGUGAUGGACACGGUUAUGAUUUCAUAUUCCCACACUUUCCCCCCCAAAUUUUUCAUCUUCCUCUCGUAUACAAAGAGCUUCCUUCUUCCUUACCUUUUCUCUCUCUUUUGGAUCAUGUCGGUAUGUGGAUGACGGGGGGUUAUGUGGAAUGACCGUUAAGUCUCUCUUAUGACUGUUGCUGUGGUAGGGGUGAUUGAGGGUUUGAGGGACUGUAGAGAAAAGUAUGGGGAGAGUUGAGAAAUUGAGGACAGUUUCUUUUAGCGGCAUGAUAGGUGGAUAAAAA